GGCGCGGGGAGGGGGCGGAGAGCCGGAGCCGGGGCGGGGUGGGGGGAGGGGCCGCGGGAACGGAUGGCGGCCUGGGCCCCGUAGCAGCGGCGGCUCUACGGCCCGGGGCCCGGGCGGGCGGAGGUGGCGGCUCCCGGGACCGGCCGCGCGCAAUGAUGUUGUCCACUGGGCAUGUACUGACCAAUGUGGCAGGUCUGAGAACAUAGCUGAAGCUGAAAAUAGGAAAGCUGGGGGCAAGGAAGAGCCUUGAAUCUUGAGGUGGGACGUUGACUCUAAGAUGUCCUUGAGCAGUGGAGCCUCCGGAGGGAAAGGAGUGGAUGCAAACCCGGUUGAGACAUACGACAGUGGGGAUGAAUGGGACAUUGGAGUAGGGAAUCUCAUCAUUGACCUGGACGCCGAUCUGGAAAAGGACCAGCAGAAACUGGAAAUGUCAGGCUCAAAGGAGGUGGGGAUACCAGCUCCCAAUGCUGUGGCCACACUACCAGACAACAUCAAGUUUGUGACCCCAGUGCCAGGCCCUCAAGGGAAGGAAGGCAAAUCAAAAUCCAAAAGGAAUAAGAGUGGCAAAGACACUAGCAAACCCACUCCAGGGACUUCCUUGUUCACUCCAAGUGAGGGGGCAGCUAGCAAGAAAGAGGUGCAGGGGCGCUCAGCAGACGGUGCCAAUGCAGGAGGCCUGGUUGCUGCCAUUGCUCCCAAGGGCUCAGAGAAGGCGACUAAGGCAUCCCGCAGUGUAGCUGGCUCCAAAAAGGAGAAGGAGAACAGUUCGUCUAAGAGCAAGAAGGAGAGAAGCGAAGGAGUGGGGACUUGUUCAGAAAAGGAUCCUGGGGUCCUGCAGCCCGUUCCAUUAGGAGGACGGGUUGGUCAGUAUGAUGGAAGUGCAGGGGUGGACACAGGCGCUGUGGAGCCACUUGGGAGUAUAGCUAUUGAGCCUGGGGCAGCGCUCAAUCCUUUGGGAGCUAAACCGGAGCCAGAGGAAGGGGAGAAUGAGUGUCGCCCGCUAAAGAAAGUGAAGUCUGAAAAGAUGGAGUCCCCUGUCUCCACACCAGCGGUGCUACCACUCCACCUUUUGGUGCCAGUUGUCAAUAAUGACAUAUCAUCUCCCUGUGAGCAGAUCAUGGUUCGUACCCGAUCAGUUGGAGUCAAUACAUGUGAUGUGGCUCUAGCCACAGAGCCCGAGUGCUUGGGCCCCUGCGAACCUGGAACCAGUGUCAACCUUGAAGGCAUAGUGUGGCAAGAAACGGAAGAUGGGAUGUUGGUCGUGAAUGUGACGUGGAGGAACAAGACCUACGUGGGUACACUUCUGGACUGCACACGGCAUGACUGGGCACCCCCAAGGUUUUGUGACUCCCCCACCAGUGACUUGGAAAUGCGCAACGGGCGGGGUAGAGGCAAACGCAUGCGUCCCAACAGCAACACACCUGUCAAUGAGACGACUGCCACUUCAGACAGCAAAGGGACCAGCAGCAGCAGCAAAACCCGGGCUGGAGCCAACAGCAAAGGCCGUCGGGGCAGCCAGAAUUCUUCAGAGCACCGCCCCACUGCUAGCAGCGCCUCUGAGGAUGUCAAGGCCAGCCCUUCCUCAGCAAAUAAGCGCAAAAACAAGCCCCUUUCAGACAUGGAACUGAAUUCAAGCUCAGAGGACUCCAAAGGGAGCAAGCGUGUCCGUACUAAUUCCAUGGGCUCAGCCACUGGGCUCCUUCCUGGGACCAAAGUAGAACCCACUGUUCUGGACAGAAACUGUCCCUCCCCUGUUCUGAUUGACUGUCCCCACCCCAACUGCAACAAGAAGUAUAAGCACAUCAAUGGGCUUAAGUACCACCAGGCUCAUGCCCACACGGAUGAUGACAGCAAGCCAGAAGCGGAUGGAGACAGCGAGUACGGGGAAGAGCCGGGCCUUCAUGCAGACCUCGCUGGCUGCAAUGGUGCUGCCAGCUCUCAGAAAGGCUCCUUGUCCCCUGCCCGCUCAGCCACCCCCAAAGUCCGGCUCGUGGAGCCCCAUAGUCCUUCUCCUUCAAGCAAAUUCAGCACAAAAGGCCUCUGUAAGAAAAAGUUGAGCGGGGAAGGGGAUACGGACCUUGGGGCUUUAUCCAAUGAUGGCUCUGAUGACGGGCCUUCUGUGAUGGAUGAAACAAGCAAUGAUGCCUUUGACUCUUUGGAGAGAAAGUGUGUAGACAAAGAAAAAUGCAAAAAACCCUCUGGUUUGAAGCCGGAGAAGAUUCCUUCCAAGAGCUUGAAAUCAGCCCGCCCCAUCGCCCCCGCCCUCCCACCACAGCCCAUCUACACCCUGCAGACAGCCACCUUCACAGCCGCCAGCCCAGGCUCCUCAACAGGCCUUGCCACAACCGUGGUGCAUGCCAUGCCCAACAGCCCACAACUCAAGCCCAUCCAGCCCAAGCCCACUGUCAUGGGAGAACCAUUCACAGUGAACCCUGCCUUGACCCCGGCAAAGGACAAGAAAAAGAAAGACAAAAAAAAGAAGGACUCCUCCAAGGACCUUGAAAGUCCUCUGACCCCUGGGAAGGUGUGCCGAGCAGAGGAUGGCAAAAGCCCCUUCCGGGAAUCCUCUGGAGAUGGGAUGAAAAUGGAGGGCCUCCUAAAUGGCUCCUCUGACCCCCACCAGAGCCGCCUGGCCAGCAUCAAGGCAGAAGCUGACAAGAUCUACAGCUUCACGGACAAUGCCCCCAGCCCCUCUAUCGGGAGUGGCAGCCGCCUGGAGAGCACGACCCCCACCCAGCCCCUCACACCUUUACACGUGGUGACACAGAAUGGAGCCGAAGCCAGCUCUGUCAAAACCAACAGCCCCGCAUACUCAGACAUCUCUGACGCAGGGGAGGACGGGGAGGGCAAGGUGGACAGUGUCAAGUCAAAGGACUCUGAGCAGUUAGUUAAGGAAGGGGCCAAGAAAACUCUUUUCCCCCCUCAGCCGCAGAGCAAAGAGUCUCCCUAUUACCAAGGCUUUGAGAGUUACUACUCUCCAAGCUACGCCCAGUCCAGCCCUGGGGCUUUGAACACCAGCAGCCAGGCGGGAGUGGAGAGCCAGGCUUUGAAGGUCAAAAAGGAUGAAGAACCUGAGAGCCUAGAGGGCAAGGUGAAGAAUGAUGUGUGCGAGGAGAAAAAGGCAGAGCUGAGCGCCUCCGGCCAGCAACCCUCAGUCAUCCAGCAGCGGCCCAACAUGUACAUGCAGUCGCUCUACUACAACCAGUAUGCCUACGUGCCCCCAUAUGGCUACAGUGACCAGAGCUACCACGCACACCUGCUGAGCACCAACAGCGCCUACCGACAGCAGUAUGAAGAGCAGCAGAAGCGACAGAGCCUGGAGCAGCCACCGCCACCACCGCCGCAGCGGGGGCUGGACAAGAAGGCCGAGCUGGGUCUCAAGGAGCGGGAGGCGUCCCUCAAGGAGGAGUGGAAGCCAAAGCCAUCAGUCCCACCGACUCUCACCAAGGCCCCCAGCCUGACAGACCUGGUCAAGUCAGGGCCCACCAAGGCCAAGGAGCCGGGCGCCGACCCUGCCAAGUCAGUUAUCAUCCCCAAGAUGGACGACUCUACAAAACUCCCCAGCCAGGCCCCCGACAGCCUCAAAGGGAAGCUGAGUGAGGCCAGCCACCUCGGCAAGGAGGCCUCCGAGGCUAAGCCAGGUGUUGACUGUGGCCGACAGGCCGAGGUGGAUCCGAUACUCUGGUACCGACAGGAGGCAGAGCCCCGGAUGUGGACGUAUGUCUAUCCUGCCAAGUACUCCGACAUCAAGUCAGAGGAUGAACGGUGGAAGGAGGAGCGGGACCGCAAAUUGAAGGAGGAAAGGAGUCGGAGUAAGGACUCUGUCCCCAAGGAGGAUGGGAAGGAAAGCACAAGUAGUGACUGCAAGCUGCCCACGUCUGAGGAGUCCCGCCUUGGGAGCAAGGAGCCCCGGCCAAGUGUCCAUGUGCCUGUGUCCUCCCCCCUCACCCAGCACCAGUCCUACAUUCCCUACAUGCACGGCUACUCCUACAGCCAGUCCUAUGACCCCAACCACCCCAGCUACCGGGGCAUGCCUGCUGUGAUGAUGCAGAACUACCCAGGUUCUUAUUUGCCUUCCAGCUACUCUUUCUCCCCAUACGGCAGCAAGGUCUCAGGUGGUGAAGAUGCUGAGAAGGCACGGGCCAGCCCCAGUGUCAGCUGUAAAGCCAGCUCUGAGUCCAAAGCCCUGGACAUCCUGCAGCAGCAUGCAAGUCACUACAAGAGCAAGUCUCCCACGAUAAGUGAUAAAACUUCUCAGGAGAGAGAUCGGGGAGGCUGUGGGGUGGUUGGGGGCGGUAGCAGCUGUAGCAGCGUCGGGGGAGCAGGCGGGGGUGAACGCAGCGUCGACCGGCCCCGCACUUCUCCUUCCCAGCGCCUGAUGUCCACACACCACCACCACCACCACUUGGGGUACUCGCUGCUCCCAGCACAGUACAACCUCCCCUAUGCAGCAGGGCUCUCGUCCACAGCCAUUGUUGCUAGCCAGCAAGGCUCCACUCCCUCCCUCUACCCGCCCCCCAGGAGGUGAGAAUGGACACCCAGUGCCCGGAAAAAGUCGGCUUCACGGCCCGGACUGGCUCACCCCAGGAGAUGCUGGAGGUGCCACUUAGACAUCAGUUAGAUGGCGUGGAUCAUCCUGUUUGCCGUUUCCACUAAGCCUGAAGGGAGACCCCUGGACUCCAUGACCCUCUUCUUCGGGAGCUGGCGAGCUGGUACUUAGCGAAAAUAUUUAUUCUCUGGGCCACAACUAAGACUGUCGUGGCCUCUGUGGAGAUGAAGGCACAGGGAGCAGCCAGGGGAGCACGGCCUCAGCCCAGAGAAAGUCACUGCUCUGUUCCCCCAGCCCCUGGUCUGCUGCCAGGGCAGUUCUCCCUGCCCCCGGCCCAAGGAGGGUCCUGCAAGCACUGGGUAAGGGCUGAAGACAGCACAGCAGCCAUACCCCCUCCCCGUCAUCACCACCAUCCCCAGUUCCUGCAGCUCCCCAGGGGUGUGGGCCCUGGGCAUUGGCAGCACGUGGAGGAAUUAGAAUCUCAGGAAAGAAAUGGGGGGAUUGUUUUCCCUAUCGGGGAAAACAAGGUCUUUGAACCUGGAGAAAUCUCCCUCUCACAUGAGCACACAGAAGCGCUCAGAGCCUGGCCUGGGAAGGCCAACCGGGGCCCUCGCCCACCCUGGCCUCGGGCUGCCUCUCCCUGUCAGGCAGAGGGUAGGGGCUCCGGCCACAGCAUGGCACUGGAGCGUGGAGGCUGUGACACGGAACCUGCACCCCCUCAGUCCUGCUGCUUCUCACCCCAACUCGUGGCCCUUUUCUCCUCCCUCUUCACCCCUGGAUGCCUCUUCCAGGGGGAUACCCACACUGCUCUCACCUCUUCUUUUCUGUUGCUCACCCCUCAAGACUCAGGCAGGUAAACUAGUCUUUCCUCCCCGCCAGCACGGGGAACCUCAGUCUGCUUGGUCACUGGAGGGCAAGGCCCAGAAGACAGGCCCUGCCUGCCCACAGCGGUCCUUGGUGAUGUCCUGUUCAUUCCACCCUCUGAGUGUCUUCCUCAUUUAGGGCCGCAGAUACAUACAUAUAUAUACACAUAUAUAAUCCAAUUCCUGUCCAUAAAUACAUUUUAUAUAGCCCAGUCUAUAACCUCCAUAUGUGCCAAUAUAAGCUGUGUUUUAACACAUGUGUUUGGUAUAAGGGCCUCUGGCCCUAGGAGGUUAUCCUUUCCUUAGACCUGGGAACGCAGCCUCCAAUCACUGCUCA